CUCCAGUCUCCAGACUACAACUACAGACUGCAGUCCACCACCAAAACAAAAAACCAACCACUACAAAUCAAUCAACAUGACUCAGUCAACUCAAGAAGAACAAGAACAACAAGAAUCAGAAACAGAACAACAACAAGAACUCAACACAAACCAGGAAAGCGAAGAACAACAACAACAACCUAGCCACUCUCUUCGACUCCCCAGAAACAGCACACUCCUCACAGCUCGAGACAGUCACAACACCAACAACAAGCAGAAGCAGAAGACCAGCAAAGCACGCACCACAUCAUCCCCAGAAAAACCAAAACAACAACAACGGAAACCGAAGAGAGUCAAAAGAAGAGAGAACCAAGAAGACGAGAUCCUUGCUCGUUUCCAAGGCUCCUUCCACGCCGUCUUGACCAGACUACUCAGACUGAUCACAUGGCCGCUCAAAUACAUCCUCACCAUCCUCCUUCCUCACACCUUUGCCGGGCUCACAGCCACCGCAAUCCUGCUCUCGGUCCUGUACCUCCUACUGAUGACCAUCCAACGCUUCUUUUCGAGCCGACUAAUCUUGCCGAGUCUUUCUCUUCUUGCGAAUCCGGUGGCCUUGGUCGGCCGAUCACUCAGUCUAGUGACCCCAUCGCUGCUCUCGUUCUACUGCUCUACCCUGCACGCGCCCUUCUUCUGUACGGAUCCGAAAGAAGAUCAUCAAAGGGAACAGAAGAUCGCCCAGUACGCCCGCACGGUCUCAGACAGCGCCCAAAAGGCCGCAGACAUCUUCGACUCCGUCCUCCUCCUCUCCAACCCCAACCUGCUCAGACUCCAUCAAGCCGACAUCCUCGAGCUCGCCUACGCCCUCCGCUGGGCCAGCGCCCUCGACAACAAAGACGCACUCGCCCAUCAGCUCGCCCAGCUCGCCGAGCUCACUCGCUCCCUCAAGGAUUCGCUCAUCGACCUUAAUGGACAGAGCUUGAAUGCUUUCUCGUUCAUCGCUUAUGAGUUUUCAAGACUGGGUGAUCUGAUGGAAUGGGUCGAGAAGGGCGAGAAGAAGUACACCUCGGAGACGAUCGGCCGGAACCUAUCGAUCCUAUUUGAGCAUUUAACGAGCGAGAUGGACGGGUUAUUGGGCUCGAUAGAGGGGCUGAUCCCGGUCGCGUCGCGGUCUACGAACCUAGGGCUGCGGGUGAUGGAGGGCCUUCACCGGGCGCAAUACGAGCUGAUCGGGCGACGAGAGGCCCAAGGGGUGUUACGAAAGCUGACCGAUCUGAGCUCGUUUUCGGGCCGCCAACUCAGGAGAGACUUAGCGCUCACCUCCGAGUCGAUUGCCGCCUUGAAACGCACUUGGACCAGCUUGGAACAGCUCCGCGCAGACCUCUUGGCCUUCAGAAACCACGUCGCGCACUUCAGGGCUAGCUUCGUCGGCGCCCAUCUCGCCGACCAUCAGCUCGAGCCCCUCGACGAACUCUUCUCCAUGCGCCAAAUCAUACAGGGCUUUCAGAAUACCCUCGCCCUCCUCAAAUCUAACUCCAGACAUCCCAAUCAUCCUUCUUCUUCAGAACCAAAUCGCUUGCUUCCUUCUGAGUCCAAUCACCAGCACUCUUAAUCUCCGUCCUCUUCUAGGUCCUUUCUUUCCACUUUGUUGUUGUUGUUGUUGUUGUUGUUUUUGUAGUGUAGUGCAGAGGAGUGCAUCGGUGUUGUAGAGUAGCACAGAGGUGUUGUAGAGUAGUGCAAAAGUAUACUUCUUCCUAAAGAAACGUCUGGUGAUCCAGACAUUUUUUUUUGUUAGGAGGCUUCCGCUAUGAGAGUCUCUUAUUGGUUCGAUGCCAAUGGGUUAAGUGAUGGGUUGGAUAUAUGUAUCUGGGUUGGAGCAAUGUUUAUAUGUAUGUAUUUAGAUGUGUGGUUGUGUUGUGUCUGGACAUGAAUAAGUAUUCCUCGAGGGAGGAGGGAAACUACGUCAUCCCGGAACGCUUGACUACAAGCAAACUCAUCUUUUG